AUGGCACAAGAAACGGCGGAGAAAAGAAGCCUCUCGUCCUCCGCAGGUGACUCUCCAGAUCUCUCCCCACUGUCCCCACGCACACUGCUCCCAGGGCUGAGGGAGUCACACCCAGUCUCCACAGCCGAGACGGAGCGCCCUACACAGGCCAGCCCUCCAGACAGGGCCCCUGGGUCCCCUGCACCCCAGCUCCAGAGUCCUCCAGCCGAACCCCCCAGACCCCCUGCUCCCCAGCACCAAGGUCCUCCAGCCGAACCCCCCAGACCCCCUGCACCCCAGCUCCAGAGCCCUCCAGCCGAACCCCCCAGACCCCCUGCACGCCAGCUCCAGAGCCCUCCAGACGGGCCCCCUUGGUCCCCUGCUCCCCAGCUCCAGGGCCCUCCAGACGGGCCCCCUUGGUCCCCUGCUCCCCAGCUCCAGGGCCCUCCAGACGGGCCCCCUUGGUCCCCUGCUCCCCAGCUCCAGGGCCCUCCAGACGGGGCGGGCCGGCCGUGCAGAGGAGAGGAGCAGUGGGGAGAUGAAAAAGAUGACAGAGGCAGCUCCAUUCCAGAGGUCGUGAUCACACAGGCAGAUGAGCGGUGGCGGGCAGUGAUGGAGACCCGGCCGGGAGGCGCUGAAGACACCGGGCGGGCUGUGGGCGCAGCGUCUGUGAACACCAGCAGCGACCAGGCUGAUGGAGGAGACCCCACCUGCUCUGACCUGCAGUCGCUCCAGAGUGACAACACCUCCCUCACCAGCGACGCCACUAACUCAGGGAAGAGUGAUGGGGAGCAGGACUGCCAGGAUGAUGACCUCAGAAGCGUCACCACAUCCUCGGUCACGUCCCUGUUUCCACGGCUGCAGCUGGAUCCUGUGGAGCGAGAGUGGAUGCGUUCGGCCGCGGCGGGCGACGCCGCCGCCCUGGGCCUGCUCCUCGGUCAGGACCCGACCCUCGCCUCCAAAAAGACGGCGCUCCACUGGGCAGCCAAGCAGGGCCGUCUGGAGAUGGCAGAGAUGAUGGCCCGUGCAGGCGCGGACGUCAACGUGAAGUCGGUGAGUGGUGACAGGGCUACACUGCGCUCCACCUUGCUGCUCUCCAUGGGCACUCUCACAUCAUCCAGCUGCUCCUCCACACCUACGAUGCCAAGGCAAACAUCAGAGACUACCAUGGGAAGACGCCGAUGCACUACUGGAGUGGCAGCGCAGAUGUGUUCAGCAGACCCGGCUCACAAUCAUGUGGGCGCUGGUCCAGAGGCAGACGUGCCCAGCGCUACCCUCAGCUCCCGUCACUCCUGUUCAGCUCUCGAACCCGUAGCCAGGGGCUCCUCAACCUGGAGCCGGCCUCUACGCCCACGUGGCCCCCUGCGUUCUGAACCUGGAGCCGGCCUCUACGCCCACGUGGCCCCCUGCGUUCUGAACCUGGAGCCGGCCUCUACGCCCACGUGGCCCCCUGCGUUCUGAACCUGGAGCCGGCCUCUACACCCACGUGGCCCCCUGCGUU